CAUAAAGCAUACAACUCAAAUAUUUCAUAUGAGUAAAACCGUCCAACUUUUUAUCAGGACAUCGAACGGACCCGGCAUCUAAACGACUUCGCUUCUCCUCAACGCAAGCUUCGUGAUGGUGCCACGUGUCCUCUGAUUCGACGUCGUCCGGCCGCACCGGACUCGCCCCCCGAUUUUGAGGCGAAACCGGUCAAACCCUCUCGCACACCCCGCUAGGCGUGACUCACCCCGAUUUUGAGGUCAAACCGGUCAAACCCUCUCGCAUGCCGUGCAUGACGUGACUCACCAAUAUAGACGCGUGUCCGACCUUCGCCAAGCCUUCGACACCUCCAAAUUUUUCGCUCCUGAUCCCGGACCGCCUACUCGACUCGCCUAAAUCCUGCUUGACUCAACCGACGCCAUCUUCAUCCCAGUGUACUCUUGCUCUUCCGUGCACUAUGUGGAUCGCUCAUGACUCCGCUCGGAUUUCUCAGGUCCCACGGUUCAAGUCUACUCGUGUCCACCCUUCAUAGCCCCAGUAUAUUAGCAUGAACCUUUCGCUUGACCUUCAACUCAUGCCGCCGACCGCCAUAUCGCAUUCAUCACCUGCACAUCACAAGCCAAGAGACACAACACACAAGAUAUGUUUUACACAAACACUACAACACAACACACACCUCCGGUUAGCUGUUAGCAUAAUUAAGCACAUAUGGAAUAUGGACUCAAUCGGUAAAAUUUCAAAUCAUCCAGUUAAUCACUUAUCACAAAUAGACAGAGGGCAUGUCACUUGAUCUCUCACUUCCGCUGGACCUUGGCUUCUCCAAGUUGAGCUACCUCGCCGUCUUCGACAACAAGCUCACGGGGCACCUCCCAUCAUCCAUAGGUCACCUGCAAGACUCCCUCUUCGAGGUGCUCCUCCUCAACAAUCAGCUCUCGGACUGCCUUCCCCACGAGCUCGGCAUGCUGAACAAAGCAGCUGUGAUCGACGCCGGCAUGAACCAGCUCACCGGCCCGAUACCAGCAUCCUUCUCGUGCAUCAGCAGCGUCGAGCAGCUCAACCUGGGCGGGAACCGCCUCUACGGCCAGAUCGGUGGCGCCGGCAUGCGCGGCGCUAAUCAAAGACGGCGUGCUGGACGUGAAGAACAACUGCAUUCCAGGCCUCGCCAACCAGAGGCGCCCGGCGGAGUGCGCGGCGUUCCAGAGCCAGCCCAAGACGUGCCCGGCGGCGACCACUCAGGUGGCAUGUCCCGCCGCACCUGCCGCCGCGCCGGGGGAGAGGAAUGUCAUCAGGGACUACUCCGGCUACGUGACGUACGCUACUCUGCAUGAUUGAGGCGCCACGGGAUGCACUAGGAGACAUAGUGGAUGCCUAGGUGGUAUUUUGGCUUUUUGCCCUUGUAUCCUUGUGUUUUUAAUUAGUGUGUUGGUGUGCAUGUGUGUUGUUCGUGUUCCUAUGUAUGUGCGGCUGUCACGUCUAGAUUUCACUUCUUGUACUACCAAAUCUAUUGUUAAAAUAAAAAAAGGAAAAUCUAUAUUUUUCUCGA